UCAGUUUGAUUUGCUAUUCUUUAGGAUUGACUGAAUCAGUUUUAGUUGUUGCUAUUCUUUAGGAUUAUGAAGAUUUCCUCAUACUAAUUAUUAGGCAUUUAGCUGUUAUGAUCAACAUGUAGCAGAUUUUUCUGCAAAUUCAGUUUUCAUUAUGCUGUAUAAAUAAACAGCUUGUUGCUCAAUAAAAUUUGACAUUCUGCAAUCUCAAAAAUUAGCUUCUUUCAUUAUCCUUAGUUUUUUGAUUUCCUAUAAAACCAACAGAUUGGUAUUAGAGCUGUAAUCUUGAGGGACCUGUGAGAGAGUUCAAACACAAAUGAAUUUAGAAAAUUCAUUCACUGCAAUUGCACCUCCAGUGUUUGACGGAACAAAUUAUCAGGUGUGGGCUGUUAGAAUGGAAGCCUAUCUUGAUGCUAAUGAUCUAUGGGAAGCUGCUGAACAAGUAUAUGAAGUUCCACCUCUGCCAAACAAUCCAACUCUUGCACAAAUCAAAAAUCAGAAGGAGAGGAAGCAAAGAAAAUCAAAAGCAAGAGCAACCUUGUUUGCAGCAGUCUCAUCCAACAUUUUUACCAGAAUAAUGACGCUAAAAACAGCCAAGGAAAUUUGGGAUUUUUUGAAGCAAGAAUACGAAGGAAAUGCAAGGAUCAAAGGGAUGCAAGUGCUGAAUUUGAUUCGAGAAUUUGAGAUGCAAAAGAUGAAAGAAUCAGAAACAAUCAAAGAAUAUUCUGAAAAACUUUAUGGCAUUGUCAACAAAGUAAGACUCCUUGGUACUGAUUUUUCUGAUUCUAGAAUUGUUCAAAAGAUCCUAGUCACAAUUCCUGAAAAGUUUGAGGCUACAAUUUCAUCUCUGGAAAACUCAAAAGAUAUGUCAAGCAUUACCUUGGCAGAAUUGUUGAAUGCACUGCAGGCACAAGAACAAAGGAGGCUUAUGAGGCAAGAAGGAUCUGUGGAGUGUGCUUUUCAAGCCAAAUCACAGAACAAUAAUGGUGGCAAAAACAAAAAAGGGCAGAACAAAAACAAGCAGCCUGGAGGUUAUGCAAGCAACAACAAACAUAGCCAAAGCAGCAACACUUAAGUCUUUCCACCUUGCCCUUACUGCAAAAAAACAAAUCA